AUAAAUGUCAAAAUGACAAUACGUAUGAAAGUGAAUAUAAUUCCGGCGUUCUGCAGAUUUUUGAUGUGUAUAUAGUUAUAUUUCAAUGCCACCGUAUUGAAUUAUCUUGUAAAACGUAGAGAAAAUAUCAUUCAUCCAAGUGUGUUAAUUUUUAGAAUGAAUUACCAAAAGUUGUUCUCGAAAUUCAAUUAUGUGUACACCGACACUGUGGAAGAGAAUUAUUACGAAGAUAUCAUAACACAAACCGACGAUCAAAAUAACAAAACAGUAAAAGAUGAUAAAACAUAUACAAAUUACGAGAUAACACAAACGACAUUUAAUAGUGAAAAUAGUGAAUUGCUUAUCAUAAAAGAUUGUGCUGAAGUGCUUGAUAAAGAACUUGAAAUUAAGCAAGAAAUUCCAGUGCGUGAACUAUCGCCAGAAGAUGUACGCUGGUUCUACAAAGCCGUUCAAGACAAAGUAUGGCUCGAAUUCUCCGGUUACGAUUCGCUCCGAAUAGAAUCAAAAUAUCGAAAGAUUUACAAAGAGAAUAUUUUGAACCAUGACUGCGGUGGCGAUAAUAAAAGCGAUUUAAUUACCAAACCACCGAUAGCCAACGAAAAGACUGAUGCCUCUGCACCAAAUACAGAAACGACAAAACACUUAUCGAAUGGAGUAGUCCGACACCAAGAAGAAGACCAAAAAAUAUCUUUGGACAUUAUUACAGACAAUAAUAUUUUAAGUAGUACAAUUAAUAGUUUUAAGAAUACUGAACCGCAUGAUGCGACUCGGUCAGAAAAUAGAAAGAGAUCAAGUGCUGACAAAGAUGAAUCAACCACGGAAGAUUUUAGCAAAGAACAUGUUUUCGAUCCUGAACAAAGGAUAGUUGUCAGAGGAGGCAUGUAUGAAGUUGAUCUCCACUUCAUGACAUGUGAGUCCAUAUAUUGGCCAGGAGAACAGUGCCUUAUUACGAGAGGUAUUUAUUUUUAUGACGCAACAUGGCAACCCUUAGAAAUGGGGGUCAGUUUGGAAAUGGAAGAGCAUCACCAAAAACUAUUCAAUGGAAAAUUACCAUCUGAAUGUACGCCUGACGGAAGCAGUAAAGGAAAUCCUAUAGUUAUCCAUACGGCGCAUUUCACUGAUUUUCACAUAGCUUGGUUGUCACCUGAUGAGAUAUAUUUAUACUCGGAAAACGCUCCCAGUAAAAUUGUAAGAAGUGUAACGCACAGACUUGGUUUCCAAAAAUCCACUGGAUAUCGCAUAAAACGGGGUUACCGCGUUCCAGCCACUGAGUCCGAUCAGCCGCAAUCCGUAACGCACCUAGUUUUUGUUAUUCAUGGUAUUGGACAAAAAAUGGAUGCCGGAAAAAUUAUUAGAAACACUGCAGCAUUUCGCGAAAGUGUCGACUGGCUCAAGAAUAAAUAUUUUCCAUCAGCGAACCAGAGGGCGGAAUUUUUUCCUGUAGAGUGGAGAUCGAGCCUUAAAUUGGACAGUGAUAUGGUGGAUGCAAUCACACCAUAUAAUGUGAUGAGCAUUCGACAUUUAUUAAAUUGCAGCGCAAUGGAUAUUAUGUAUUAUACAAGUCCUUUGUAUGGAAUGGAGGUUCAAAGAGGUUUAAUAGAAGAAUUAAAUAGGCUACACGCAAUGUUUUUGUUGCGCAACCCUACAUUUCGAGGUUCUGUGUCAGUACUUGCUCAUUCCUUAGGAUCCGUUAUUUUAUACGACGUUAUAACGGGAUAUCAGCCUGGAGUCUGCCAGAGAAACUGUGGCAGCAGCGUGUCUUCUAAAGAGCCGACUCCAGUAAGCCCACUAUCAUUUACAAUAGAGCAACUUUUUUGUCUUGGAUCGCCACUGAGCGUCUUCAUUGCCUUAAGAUUAUCCGAGCCAUCUAGAAAAGAAGUUCUUCCACCUGGUCUCUGCACAGGUGGAUUCUAUAAUAUAUUUCACUUGAGUGAUCCUGUAGCCUAUAGGAUGGAACCCCUGUUAUGUAGAGAUUAUAGAAAUAUUGCUCCUCUAAUGAUACAGCCCUAUACUUUAGCAGUUGCUGGAGAUGUAAGAUAUGGGGAAAUGCCUCUCGAAAUGAUAAAUCGAGGUGAAAAUAACACUUCUAACUCCUCUCCAAAGGAAGCAGCACAAAAGGAAUCGCAACCCACAGAAUGCGGAAGCGAAGGUUCGAGUCCGAUACACGCGCCUUAUAAAGGCGCCGGUGGUUCAUGGCGAAUAUGGUCCUACGUGCGUCCACCUUGGAAUAAAUCGGAAACACAAACGGCAACUUGUACGGGCAACGAAACCAAUGCUUGCAAUAGCGCCAGUCCGGAAUCUCAGCAAACGAUGUCUUGUGAAAAUCAACCGGAUCCAGAUGCUGGUGCAAACGCUACCGACGUUAGAUGUGAUAAAGAAAUACAGGAAAACGCACAAAAUCAUUCGAACGCACAUUGCUUGCCAAAUGUUGACCCGUCAAUUAAAUUGACAAACAGAGUGGAUUAUGCAAUUCGUGAAACUGGCUUGGCUAUGAACUACUGGUCUGCUAUCACUUCUCAUACGAGUUACUGGACAAACUAUGAUGUGGCAUAUUUUGUCCUCAGCCGCCUCUUCCCUGAUUUAGAACACCAAGCCGAAAGGAAUAAUACUGGCAACAACGACAUGUUCGACAGUUUGCCGGUUUGACAGGAAAGUAUAAAUCGUUCACAUUUAUUUUAUGACUUCGGCGAAUUCAUGUAGGUCAAAUUUGCCAAAGUGUUUUUCGAACAUAUGCUCGUGAUUAGUUUUUAAAAUUUAUUUUAAUAAAAUCAG